AUGAAGGUAGUUACGGUUCUCAUCUUGCUUUUAGCAAGCGGUACCUAUUUUGAUCCUCAACGUGUUACGGUGGGAGGGAGCCCUAAAAUACCCAAGAAUCCCUCCCGCGACUUCACCUUGACACCCAGUUCACCUUGGGCUACCCUAGACUACGGUGCUGAGGUGGCAGGCUUUCCUAGCUUCGAGAUCUCCAAGAUUUCCGGGCCGACGCAGAUUGAGAUCAAGUACAGUGAACAGUGUCCUGGGCUGCUUGAGCCCUUCAGCGAUGGCCCUAGCUUGUUUGUAUCUAGUCUCGCCGACUCCUUCCGGGUGGAAACGUUCAACAUCACUCGAAAUGGAAAGUUCAGCUCCGAACUCCUACAAGGAGGUCAGCGAUGGCAAAGCAUUCGAUUGCUCACUCACACCACGGUGAAAUUCCGAACAGUUUCCUUCAGGUCCUCAGUGGGCGCGGUGGACACUGGGAAUAUUCCUGGCACAUUUCACUCGUCGAACGAAAUCUACAACAAAAUCUGGUACCUAGGUGCACGUGCGGUCUCGCUGCAAGGUGCUUUAGUGUCUAGCAGUGUCCCUAGCUACUCUGCUUUGACCUAUAACCUCACCGAAUAUGACUUGGAGUUUGAUGCAAAAAUUACUCGAGGAGGUUUGAUUUGGUCGACCAGCUAUAACUUCGGCAUUCGAUCAAAGGAAGGGAUUCUCAUCAAUUUGGCCAGCAAGUACCCAGAAGAAUCGACAUUCCUCAACACGAAUAAAACGCUGUUUCCCCCCAUCUACCAUCACCCUGGCGUAUGGAAUUCGUUCUCGGUGCCGUUCGACGUACAAGAAGGUGUAUGGUACCGGAUAGGGACCACCAUCCGCUCUGGACACUUGGCCGUUACCUUGAACCAAACCCAGCUAUUCAAUGUCUCUUUAUCCACCUAUUAUGCUGGCGGGGCCUCGAUUUCAUCUUCGGGGGCCUUUGGAUUUGGCGCAUGGCAAGAUCAGUCUGCCCGCAUUCGUAAAGUGAGCGCCCGAGAUACUACCGGCAAGCUUGUUUACCUGAAUCCCAUGACCGAUGCCAAGGUUGUUCUGCCAGAAUACGGCGUGCAUGACAACUACUUCCCAACUUGCGUGGAUGGUGCAAAACGAGAUCGAUUGGCUUGGCUUGGAGACUUUGGGCACACGACCCGGAUUAUCGGAGUGACAACUAACCGCAAGGACCAUGUCACUGGUACUUUCUUACAGCUCCUCAGCUAUCAACUCUUCACCGGCCAACUGCCUAUGGCUCCAUCCCUUGGCUACUCGCCAGAAAUUGACCCAAAAGCCUUUACCGUCAACGGCAUGGCAUAUCUUCUACCGGACUAUCACAUCCUUGCUCUCAUGUCUUUCGCUUCCUAUAUGGAGUACUCAAAUGAUACUACCUUUGCUCAGGAGCACUGGAGCUCGUGGAAAUCCGCGGUAGAUUGGCUUGCCUUGUAUCAGAGCAACUCCACUGGACUCAUUGACUUUGCCGUCUUCGGCAAUACCUUCCUAGGCCUUGUUAGUGGCUCAGCUAUCAGCGCUGCCUCCGUGGGGGCAUUCAGAGGAAUGUCCUCUAUUGCUACUGUAGUUGAAGACACCUCAUCGGCUAAAAGAUGGACUACACUGGCUAAAUCUGUCAAAGUUGCUCUGGCGUUGAUGCCUAAGGUAUCAAUGGAUGGAGUGGGGCAGAACGGCCGAUAUCAAACAUCUCAUUGGAGAGAUUGUGUUUAA